AGCCGCCCGCGUCACCGUCUCUGACCUCAGCAUUUCGGGUAUUUUUUUGUGAGCGACUGAGCGGCUGGCGGCGCCAUAUUGAAAGAUCAGAUCCGUUUCAUAAAACGCUGAAAACGUCGAAUUUUCCGCCAUGUUGUACCUGGAGGAUUAUCUCGAGAUGAUCGAGCAGCUUCCCAUGGACCUCCGCGACAGGUUUACGGAAAUGAGGGAGAUGGACCUGCAGGUUCAGAACGCCACCGAUCAGCUGGAGCAGAAGGUGAUCGAGUUCUUCGUCAACGCCAAGAAGAACAAACCGGAGUGGAGAGAAGAACAGAUGGAGGUCAUCAAAAAGGAUUAUUACAAAGCUCUGGAAGACGCAGACGAGAAGGUGCAGCUGGCCAAUCAGAUUUAUGACUUGGUGGACCGUCACCUGCGUAAACUGGACCAGGAACUGGCCAAGUUCAAGAUGGAGCUGGAGGCCGACAACGCCGGCAUCACGGAGAUCCUGGAGAGACGAUCUUUAGAGAUGGACAGUCCGUCUCAGCCGGUCAACAACCACCACGUCCACUCUCACACGGCAGCCGAGAAGAGGAAGUACAGCGCCCCAACUCACCACACUACAGAACACGUUCCUGAGAAGAAGUUCAAGUCUGAAGCUCUGCUGUCCACGCUCACAUCGGACGCCUCCAAGGAGAACACACCAGGUAGCACACACGCUCACCAGGUAGCACACCAGGUAGCACACACGCUCACCAGGUAGCA